AGUGUCUCUUUUUAUAGAUUUUUUUACCUUUUUAUUAUUACCAAUCACGAAGAUGCUCGCUUUCCAGUCCCCUUUAAUAGAUAUCACUAACGUACAUCUAUCACUAAAUCAAAUAAGUCAGAAGGGCAACCUUUUUAACACUUCAAUAAAUUCAGCGCCAAAGAUUCGGCGUCAUGAUCCGUAUGGUUGGAAAUGCCUUCUUGAUGAAGAUACCACCGAAAACAUUUUCCCUCUCGAUCAACCUCAAGCUGCCCCUCUUUCCGAACCCGAAAAUCUGCUCCGAGGCAACGAUGACGAAACUCCUUCCACCCCUCCAGGAUCGUCUUUCUGCAAUGUGAUGGUUCAGUUUAAGUGUCAUCAAUCUAUGUAUUCAUCUCCUAUACUUCUUGAGAGAGGACAGUAUGUUGUGGUUCAAGGUGACCGCGGUAUUGACAUUGGUGUCGUAAUUGGUGUAAAUCAGGAGGGAAGCAAAAACUUUCUUGAACACACUAGACCUAUUGGAAGCUUUCUACGGUAUGCUACUCAGCGAGAGGUUGACUACUGGGCUACUGAUCUAAAGGAAGCUGAGGCUAGCGCGAUGGAAAUCUGUCAGAAGCAAGUAAAUUUCCAUGGAAUUAAUAUGCUGAUUUCUCAAUGUGAGUAUCAGUACGAUAAAAAGAAGCUCACUUUUUAUUAUGAAGCUUCACAGCGUGUUUACUUUGUGCAGUUGCUUAAAGAACUUUACAGGGAAUUCGGAUGCCGUAUAUGGAUGGAGAAGGUUUCUUCACGUGAAUAAUAAAAAUACAAGUAUAUAUACUUUUGUUUUCAAAGAUAGAUUUAUUUUGCUUAAUAAUUUUUACCUUGAUAAAGUUAGAUUCACAAUCCUUUCAAAGAAAAAAUUAUGCCCCACUUUUUUAACUCAGGAGAAAAUCUUAGAAAAGUAUGAUUUAGAAUUUUAUAGCGGUAAUUAUUAUAGAAUCUUUAUUACCCUUUAAGCUAGUAGAUAUGUAAACGUCGCUUCACUAAUGAAAA